CUAUCGCAUGAGGCCAGCGAAUUAUGCGCGGCAGGUAGCCCGCGCGUUUGUGAAUCAUUCUUCAACACGCGCAUUUCAGACAAGAGCACCACUGCGGGCAACUACCCGGGCGAAAAAAUCGUAUGCGGAACUUCCUGACGCGCACUUGCUCCCUGAUGGUACUGUCGCUGUUCCCCUGGACGAGUGGUGGUCGGGAACAAGCCCGCGUGAAGGCAGGGAGUCCUUGCAUUUGAACGAAACCAAACCUGAGGCUGGUCCCAGUAGCCUGGACGCGCAUCCCCCCUCUAGUUCUCCAGUGAAACGGCGAAAGAAGGUCGAAAACGAAUCUCCAGAUACAUCAGCCCCGAAGAGAACUAGGAAGAAGAUCGCCGGGCCCGUUAAUGAUGACGCAUGUUCUCAACCGACCGAAAAACACGCUAUAUCGAAUUCUACGCAACCAGAAUCCACCCCCUCCGGUCGGCGCAAAAUGAAAACAAGCACCGAAGGGAAUGACAGUGUCGAUCCGUCGGAACCCCCCGUCCGGAGAAAGAGGAAGAAGGUGUCAGAGGAUGAACCGGACCCUGAGAUCGUGUCUAAAGUUAGUCUACCCCGAGAAGUGCUUGAUAAUCUGGACCGUUUCCCGCAUUGCAUCCUGUUAACACGGGUCGGCAAAUUCUACGAGUCAUACUUCGAUCAAGCUUACGAGGUCUCCAAGUCACUGAACAUCAAGCUUGCCUUCCGCAAGUGGGGUGGAGGACAGAUUCCUUUCUGCGGGUUUCCGCUGCUGCAUCUGGACAAGUACCUCAAAGUGCUAGUGCAGCAACAGCGCAAGUUCGUUGCGUUGUGCGAGGAAUUUCCACGCUACGGGGCCCAGGGGACCGUCACUUUCGACCGGCGUGUUGCUCGUGUGGUAACACCAGGGACACUGAUUGACGAGUCGUUUCUGAACCAAUACGAGAACAACUUUUUGCUUGCUGUUGGUACGGCUGACGAGCGAGUUGGUCUCGCUUGGAUCGAUGUUUCAACGGGCGAAUUCUACUCGAAAUCAGUAGACAUCAACAAUCUGCGAGAUGAGGCUUCACGCAUCGGACCGCGAGAAAUCGUCCUCAACCGUUCGCUCGAACCGUCGAGGCUGGCCACCAUCAGAGCGCUCCUGAGCGAAGAAGAGUGUUGCGUGUCGUUGAGAGACGUUGGAACCACAGCGGUGCCCAAUGGAUACGAUCUCGAGCAGACUCCCGUGGACGACGUGAUCAGCUCGGAAGAACAGCAUCUCCUCGAUCAUAUGCCGCAGCUUGCGAUGCCUGCUCGCGAGAACUCUGCGGCUCGCAUGCAAAUCGACUCGCAUACCGUCAGGGCACUGGAAAUCCGCGAGAGCAUUCGCGAAGGUGGCGUCACAGGAAGCCUGAUCAGCACAGUCAAGCGGACGGUGACUGGCAGCGGCACACGCUUGCUCAUGCGAUGGCUGUGUUCUCCGAGCACCUCGUUGUCAGAAAUCAACGCCCGUCAGGCUCUGGUUGCUUUCUUUCACCAGCGGGAUCACUUCCGCGCCGAUCUCACCGCUGCAUUAGCAAGUUCGGAAGAUGCCGGGCGGAUCGUGCAGCGCUUCCUGCUCGGCCGAGGCGAUGCCAACGACUUGCACGCGGUCAACUCCACAAUCGGAGUAUGGAGGAAUCUCGCCAGUCGCAUCAUGCAGGAGAGAGAUCAGGAGAUGGCAGAGACGGCCCGUCAGUCGAUGGAGUUCAAGGCCGACGAAUGGGCCAGCAUGGAUGCUCUGAUCGGAAGACUCUGCGAUCUGAGCGAGCUUUCUGCUCGGAUUACCUCUGCGUUGAAGCCGAAGGAGCCCGGGAAUCAAUCCGGAGGUCAGCAUGCAUUUGAAGGAGAUGAUGCCGAGGUCCCCGAGAGCGACGUUACGAAGCCUGCCUGGAAGUUCGGCGCCACUGGAUGGACUAUCAGACCUGAAUUCUCGGAAAAGCUCUUAUCUCUCCACACGACGCUCGAGGACCUGCUCAACCAGAGGGAGCGACUGCAAGCGGACCUGCAGCUCACAUACGAUGCUCCGUCUCUGACCUUGCGAUCAUCGCCAGCGCAUGGGAUGCACGUCCACCUGCUCAAGGCCAAGCGCGAUCGAACCAAGAUCGGUCAAGACCCGGACUUUGUCGGCAUUGCUGAGAGUGGUAGCACGAAAUGCUACUUCUAUCCGAAAUGGGCACAGCUCGGCGGGCAGAUCGUGGAGACGACGAAUGCUCUGCUCGUAGCUGAAAAAGAAGCGUUUGAAUCGCUGCGGGCCGAGGUCAACAGCCACACAGCGCAACUGCGGCGCAACGCGCGUGUCCUUGACGAGCUUGAUGUCACACUCGCGUUUGCCAGUCUCGCGAAAGAGAUGAACUUCGUGCGACCUGAUCUCAGUGCCGAGCCGGAAUACACUGUGGUGAAUGGACGGCAUCCGACUGUCGAGCUGGGCCUGUUGACGAGUGGCCGUGUAUUCACCCCAAACUCGGUCGAGCUGACAUCCACUUCACGGCUGCAUAUAAUCACAGGGCCGAACAUGGCCGGGAAAUCGACUCUCCUGCGCCAAACAGCGCUGAUCGCGAUCUUGGCGCAAACCGGCUCGUUCGUUCCCGCGGACGCAGCGACCGUGGGCAUCGUCGACAAGCUGUUUUCGCGGGUCGGGGCCAAGGACGAUCUGUUCCACGACCGGAGCACGUUCAUGGUCGAGAUGCUGGAGACGGCGGAGAUUCUCUCGCGCGCCACGCCGCAGAGUCUGGUGAUCAUGGACGAAGUGGGCCGAGGGACGACAGUCACUGACGGGCUUGCUAUUGCGUUUGCGACUGUGCACCAUCUGCUUAAAACGAACCAGUGCCGGGCGCUGUUUGCGACCCACUUCCACGAACUGGCUGACAUGCUCGGGUACGCUUCGGCCGAUCCCGCGUUUGAGGGCGUAGAUUUCUUCUGCACACAGGAUGACCAUUUCGCGUACUCGUAUCGCCUGCAGCCUGGCGUGAACCGCAACAGUCACGGGAUCAAAGUAGCUCAGCUCGCUGGCAUGCCUCAACCGGCCAUUGCCGUCGCUCAAAAGUGUCUGGCCAGUUUGCACGACAGGUCGACCCGGAAUGCAUCGGAUCCGUCCGAACUGAGAUCAUUGGGCCUGGCUUUGCUCUCGCCAUCCACUUGA